AGAACGACAUAUUCAAAAUAAAACUGAAAUUUUAAUUACAAAGUUAUUCAAAUAAAAUUCCGAAAGCUAAUAUAAAUUAUGUCAAGUAAAUUUCUUAGUGUUAUUGGUUUAAAAGAAUGCAUUGGUCGGGGGAAUCCUUUAGAAGCCAAGGAGAUAUUGGAAAAUAUUUCAAAAUUUUUCGAUGAUCGAUUGUCAAAAGCUGAAUUAGAGCUUGCACUUGAAACCAUUUUCGAUACUGACUGUGGGACUAUUGCGUUCUUAAAUCGAAGUAUAAAAGAAAAAAAGAAAUUCGCAGAAUGUAAUGCAAAUAUUUUUUGUAUUUGGAUAAAAAUUUUGCAAAAUCAUGGAUUUUCAAUUUCUUUUGAAAACUAUGUUGCGGAUAUAAUUCAGUGUUCAACUCGUUUCAUUGUAUCUAUGCAAGUUUCAGCUAAAGAAAAAGAAAAAGCUACUGUUGUUUUACAGGAAAUUUUUCAAAAUAGAUUAGCUGACGACCUCAACGCAUCUGAACUUAUUUCUAAGUUAAUUGAUGUGCUCAACUUAAAAAACCGACCAGGAAAUUUCUCUCAACAAAUUUUUAUCCUCUUGGGAAUAAUAUCGCGAGACACUCCAGAAAAUAUUUCUGAAAGACAAGCCUAUAUGAUACAAAAUAAUAUGCUUAAGACAUUAGAAGAUACCCUUUUAAAUGAAGAGACAGUUCAAUAUAAUGUUCUCGCUGGCGCUAUGGAAGGGUUGAAUCUAUUUCUUAUUAACUUUGCACCAUCUCCUACAGAAAGCUAUAAUAUAUGCGAUUCUAUAUAUGUUUGUGUAAAAAAAUUGUCUAAUCCUCCAUUGUAUGUUAAAGCUAAGGCACCAUUUCGUCAUGCGUUAGAUUUGUUUACAAGACAUUACCAUUUAUUUAGUAAACAAAUAUAUAGAGAUUUCAAGUACUGGCAUGAAUGUUUAACGAACACUUCCUGGCUUUUGUCCACAAUAUAUGAUGAUAGAAGAAAAGCUAUUUUUGCCAUUCAAUCAUUUCACAAAGCUGUAGAAUAUAAUUUAAAUAAAAAAGAGUUAAAUGAAAAUGACCAAAAAAUUUUAUUGUUUUUAAUGACGAGUUUCCGUUCUACGUUAGAAUCAAAUGAAUCAAAAUCUUAUGAAAAUCGUAUUGCUAUUCGGGGUUUUGGUGUGAUGGCUAAGUUAUGUACACAUUUUUUACCAGAAAUGGUGUACACUAUAUUAGCUCUGGUAAUACAAAAAACCGAAUUGAUUUCAUUGGCUGAAGAUAACGAAUUACGAGACAGUUUAGAACAUUUUCCAGACUAUGUGGAGGCGCUGUCUCAAAUUAUUAAAGAAGUUGGAUCAAAAGAUAAAAACAUAACCCCCAUUUUAGCGCAUACAGUUCAAACUAUAUUGGUUCGAUUAAUAAAAGAUUUUCAUUAUUUGUCGAAAGCACAUACCUCUUUAGCAACAAGUGCAAUAUGUAAGACUUUGUUUAACUUGUCUGAAUUGGAUGGUUCUUUGUUUAAUGAUGUUUUAGAAAAGAUUAUUUUGCAAGGAAUCAUUUGGACGUGUUCACAUAAAUUAGUGCAUGACGCAAAUUUGGAUUGGGAUAAUGGUGUUGAUUGGAAAGACAAUAUAACAUACAAAAGUUACCUAGAGCUUUGGCGCAACUUGUUAGAUGAAACUUCCUGUUCUAACUACGACAAAUUGUUUAUAUCAAAUCAAAUUUUUAAUACUUUAAUAAGCAAUUUGCUUGUUAUCUUAGAAAAGUUAAAUCUAAAGACAAAAAAGCGAAUGUUUAUUGGAGAAAAUGGUGAAGAUCAGGAAUUUUUUUUUUGUGAUCCCAAUAUAGAUUUAUGCCCUGAAAAUUCCGAAGAUUUUCGUAUAUUUUUCAAUUUAGUCGAUUUUUAUCGUGAUAUAUUUUUCACAAAGUAUAACAAAGAAUAUUUUUAUAAGUGGAUUAAUGAAUAUUGUACAAAAAUGGUUGGUUAUAUUAUAGAAAAUCCCUUAAUUAGUGGAUUUCUGAAAUUUCUUCAAUUUGGAUUGACGAUAGCAGAUGAUUUAAAUUACUUUUGUCUUACUAAAGAAAGCGAGAACGAGAGUUUAAAAAAUUCUUUGCUGUUUUUGCUGAAAAGUAUUAUAUUUAGAUGUCAAAAGGUUUCGGGUGAAUUACAAUUUUCUUGCUUGGAGUUGAUACUGAAAUUUCCUCAUGAAUUCUACAGGGAUAAUAUAAAAGACUUAAUAGUGGUAUUUAAAAUAUCUUUUGAAUUGGGAAAGACCACGAUAUGGUUAGCGAAAUUAGGUAUAACAGCAUUAGAAAAGAUAUCGGAGAAAUUCGGGGAAGAGUCCUAUUUGUUGGAUGACUUGAACAAGUUUUAUGAAGAGGUUUUACCACAAUUAGAUAGUUAUUUACAAGGAAAAGGAUUUGAGGAAAGGCAUAUUUCAGCUGAAAGUUAUGCUUACAAAAAUAAAAAAAAAAUUAAAAAAAGUACGUAUUUUCAGAGAAUUGAAAGUACAGAGCUUUUUGAAGUUCAAAAACGGAUAUAUGGUUUCUUAGGUAAACUACAACCUCAUCAAGCACUCGCAAUUCUAGAUAAGAACGUUAUUAAUGAAGAUCUUGUUAAAUGGGAAAUAGAACAAAAUAUCAAAUUAAAUCUUUAUUAUCAGAAUAUUCGAUUAGAAAUUUAUUUGGAUACAAUUAUUCCAAGAAUAUGCCAUUUAGCAUGCACUUCUAUUGAUCGUAAAACGAAAAUUGCCGCUUGCGAGUUAGUUCAUGCAAUAACUUUGUAUUUACUUGGAGCUAAAAUACAUAAAGGGAUGUUAUGGCAAGAAUUAUGUUCAAAGAUUUUAUUACUUGGAGCUGAUAACGAUGUCACCAUACAACAAAUAUUUGAACCGCUCCUGCGUCAACUAAUGCAUUUCCUCUCAAAAUAUGAGAACCUUAAUAAAGGAGUUGAUGUGAUGAUGAAAAUAUUGAUGGAUGGAAUUUCCAACGAAAAUAAUUGUGCGGUUCGAGAUUUAAGUGCUGUGUGUAUUAGAGAAUUUGUUGAAUGGAGUAUUAAACAGACGACUCCACAACAAUUAGCAGCAUCUCCUGUUAGUGUUGAAAUUAUACUAAACGAACUAAAAAUGUAUAGUUUUGAUUCAAAUUCUUCUCGUCGAAUAGGAUCUGCUUUGGCUUUUAAUAAUUUAUAUCGAACAUUGAGAGAAGAAGAAUCGAUAUGUGACAUCUAUUUUAUUGAUUUGUUACAUACGUUUUGUGUAAAUUUUAAGCUAAGUGAAGAGUUGAGCUCAAUUCCACUUGGGAGUAUUAAUUGGGAAUUGGAGCAAGUUUCUUUAAGUUUGGAUCAUGUGGUAAGAGUGCUAAAAGAAAGAAGUUAUCUCUACACAAAGCCGAAUCGAGCAAGGAAAAUUCCUUCUGCUAUAGCAAAAAGCGGGGAAAUAACUUUAAAAGAUGUCGUCAUAUAUUUAUUGGCGGAAAGUGAAAAUAAAUUAAUGAGGUAUAGAAGAAAAUGUCUAGAAAUGGUACUUAGCCUGUUUACAUCAGUUGAGAAUGCUUCAUCCCUCUCAAAUUUUUUUUCAAACUAUAUCAGCCUCGAUAUUAUAUUCAGUAUUUGUGAAGGAUCUCUAAAUGCUAAAUUAACUUUGCGUUCAUUGAAGAAAACAGAGACAGAGCGUCCUUAUUUUGCAAUAUACAAUUGGAUGCAACGUUUUCUAGGCUCUUUGGAUUGUUACAUUUGGUUACUAAGCAAUAAUGCUUUUAAGAAUCCGAAAGAAAUAUUUGUGAAUGCCAAAAUUUUUGAAGCGAUUUUUUACUAUUUCGAAAAGGUAUGUUGGUCGACAGUGUUUGACCUAAUUGAAUGUUUAAAUUCUGAGAGUAUUGAAUCUAGUAGUAAUUUAAGAAGCGUAGAACUGGAAGAAAUAAACCAAAUUAAUGUUAUUAAAUGUAUUAUUGAAGGUCAAAUAAUGGCUUUUAUUAUAGCAAUUUUGAAUUGUGGUUGCCAUGAUCAAAUUCCUAAAACAUUUUGGGAGCUAGAAAAAGGAAAGCUUGUUAAAAAAUUUAUCUGUGAUAUUUUGUAUGAACCUAGCAUUUUAGGGUUCGAAAUAAAAUAUCGCGAGAUUACAAAAGGUUAUCAGGACAAAGUUUCCCGAAUGGUUAAAAACAUUCAAACACAUGGUAUGAAUAAAGAAUUCUAUGCUAGUGCAAUUCAACAAAUUGCGUUAAAUUUAAUAGAUAAUAUUAAAGUAUUAACAGAAAAAACCAAAGAACUGUUAUAUUCAAAUCAAAUAAGUGAUUAUAAAUGGAAUGUUUCAAAGGGUGUUGUAUUUGUUCUUAAAAAUAUAGCAGUAAAUGAAGUUUUGGAUCUGACCAAACUAAAGGAUUAUGGAGAAAAACUAUUACUACAUUUGUUCGAUGGAAUUUCUGAAAAUAUUUUUAAUAAAGGAACUACUAUAAAUUUAACACCUAACGUUAAAAAAUUUGCAAAUCAAUUGCUAAAAGUUUUUUUUGCAAUUGGGGAAAUUUUAAAUUUGCAAAAUACUGAAAACCUUUUAAAGAUGUUUGUUCGGCAUUUGCUGAAUGAUAAAUUUUUAAUCAUGCGAGGAACUUUGAAAAGAAUUAAGCAUGGAGAAUAUUUUUUUUCAAUAUAUAAACGUGCUAUUCUGGAGAAUUGUAAAGCUAAUUUUAUAAAGAUUCUCAUACCGUUACUAUUUUCAUGUUCAGAAAAUUCUGAUUCUCAUUUUGUUAUUAAAAUUUUAAUUGAAAUAAUAGAUUUUUGCUUCAAACACAGGCAACAUGACCAAAAUACAUUGCAAGCCUUAGUAGAAAUAAAUUUAAAAUAUUUUAUAAAAGUUCAACAAAUUUUACCUACUUGUGAGGAACAAUCUUUGGUUGUGGAUUAUUUAUAUAAUUUGGGAUUAGCAUGUCCUAUUACAUGGAAACUAAAUUCCUUUAAAUCUAAACAGAUUGAAAUUGAAAAUUAUGUCAUAGAGAGACUGAAGGAUAAAAAAAAUUCCUUGGCACAAAAAACACGAGUUUUUAGGCUCAUACCGUUACUUAUUGGCACAGAAGAUUUUGAACAUUUAAAGUUAACGGAGGCAUUACAAGAUUUACAGAGUUGCCACUUUCCUUUGAGAUCGUCGGAAUUCAGAAAAAACAGUGUCGAAGAAACCGAUCUUAAAGUGGCAUUUAAAUCAUUACUUGAUGCAUUAAUAGUGUCUAAAUCUUUCGUUAUUUUGGAUUUUAUUCUUCAAGCAACUGCAGUUGACAAGAAGCACGUAGCGGAGUACAUGAUUAGACAAGAUUUAGUUGUAUACAACAAUAAUCUUAAUAGUUCACAACAAGUCUUGGUACUGGAGCGUCUCUUUGCAAAAUGUUAUAAUGAACAACUUGAGCCCCAAAUCCGUGUUACAAUUUUGGAACGUUUUCUUGUUCCUAUACUUCAAAAUAGCCGUGAAGAAAUUGUGAUAGCAUUUUACAUAAAAUCAUUUUCAAAAAUUUCGCAAUUAAUAGAUGCCAAAUUUGGUUUUGCUAAACAAGGUUGGGCUGUAGAACAAGCUCUGGUAAAUCGAAUUAUUGGAUUUUCUUUAUUAGAAAUCUUUUUCGGCAAAUUAUCUAAAGAAAAAUAUUAUUAUCCUGACUGCCCACUUAUAAGUGCUUUUUUACCAAAUGAAAAGUUACCGAACAUAUUUAUUGGAACAAUAUCAAAGAAAUCAUUUUAUGCCAGGACAGAAGUUUUUGUAACUGAUGAUAAGUCGACUAAAGAAUUUUUCCGACAAUAUCAAUGUGCUGCUUAUAAAGCAUUAUGCUCUAUUAUCUGUAAUACACAAACUGAUAUGAGAUUUUAUUUAAAAUUUUUAUUUGAGGAAAUUCCUCAAAAAAAUGAAUUUAUCUGGGUUAAAUUAAUCGACUGCUCUGAUGAUAAAAUUUAUAUUCACGAUAGCCAAGAAAUGGAAUCCUACGCAAAAACUAAAGAACGUUUUGUUUCUAUAAGACGCUUGAACGCACUAAAUUUAAAUAUUAAUUCUAGUACAAAUCAAGCCACAUUUGCCAGAUAUUUACAAAGCCAAAACGUGUUUUCAUCAAGUCUAAGUCAAGAAAUUAGUAAAAUUGAUUUAAAUUAUUCCAUGGUUAGAGGAGAUGCGGAAGCUUUUAAACGUAAAGAAAGCAUGAUGAAUGAAGUAUUUUCUGUUAAACUAGAAGGAACAGAGAUAAAUAAGCAUGAAAUAAUGCCAACAUUAUGUGGAGUAAUACAACAUAUGCAGGAAAGUGGAGUAACGCCGUUUAUUAGUGAUCCUUCAAAGAUAAAACGAUCAUAUCCAUGGGUAGUUUCUAUAGCUAACGGAAUUGAUGCAUUUUCAAACCAUAAAAAUAUAAGAAUAUUUUUGGCUCAGGUAGUGGAUAAUUGUCGCAAUGUUUUUGAGCCGUAUGCACAUAUUUUAUUUAAACCAAUUUUACAAUUGAUAUUUGAUGAAUGUGCUGGGACACAAUUGAAUUUUUUUAUAACCGACAUGAUAGCUUUACUAUUAUGCUGGACCAAAAAAGAAUUGUAUAAACCCACGACAAUCGAAGAAAUUCGUCUAAGUUCCUCUUUAUUGCAGUUUCUUAUGAAAAACACGUGGAAUGAGAGUAAACAUAUUUUUAAAUAUAAUUUAGAGUUAGUACAAACUAUGAUUAGUUUGUGGAAAAACGAUCUUGAGAUUCCGCACCGAUUUUUAUUGGAUAUGAUUCAGGUGUCAGAAAGACGGGAUUCUAAAGAAAACGAAUUGGGGUUAGUACUGUCUGGAGUAAUCCUUGCAAAUAAUCUUGUCCCUUGGAUUGAAAGAACUAAGAAAAUAUUUAUCCAAAAGGUUUUUUCAAAUUUGGACAAUGAUUAUUCUGCGAUAUAUCAAGCAGCAGCUCACGUGUAUGGUAUGAUUUUAAAAGUUUUGAAUAGUAAUCAAAAUUUGGAAAUUCUUGAAACUGUAACGAAGGAACUAGUUGGUAAAUUAAAAGGAAUUGCUAAUAAACGCGAAAGUAAAACGGAAAAAUACUUUAAAGAUAUUUUAUAUGGAGUGCAUAAAAGUUAUCCAGAAAUAUUAGACUAUUUUAAAGAGACAAUAUCAUAUAAAAUUCCUUCGGCUAUUGGUAAUAUUAAAAAACUUUAUUUAGAAAUGCUUUUGGCUAGACUUGAGGCAUAUAAUUCCGAUGAAAUUUAUAACAUUAUUAUUUCAAUUGGUAUAAAAGAUUUAUUGAAAAUUGAUGAAUAUCAACUUCUUGCCUUGCACAUCAUCAACAAGUCACUACCAAACCUGCAAGGAAGUGAAAUUCACAAUUUAUUUUCGGCAAUAGAAAUUUGUAUUGAAUCUUCAAAAGCAGAAAGCCGUGAUGUGGCUUACGAAAUUUUAAUAUAUAUUUCUCAAAAUAUGACUAAUAUUUCAGGUUUGGAAACUGGAACUUCCAAAAAUGCUUUGGAAAAAAAAAUUAGCGCUUUGCUUCUUAAAGGUUUAUUAGAUACAGAUUUAGAAAUCCAGAAAAGGAUAUUCCAUUUUUGGUCUCAGGAAACAAAUUUAUCGCAAAACAUGUCAGAUAGACUUUUGUUUUUAAUAUCAAACUACAGCGCAGACAGCGAGAAACAAUUUUUAAGUUUUUGUACGCAAUUGAUUCUUGAACCUGCUAUUCAAAAUUUUGAAUCAAAACAACAAAUUUUCCAAUUUGAGACUGAUCGGGAUAGCAAAUUAGAAGAAUAUCAAAUUAAUACAAACUUUCGGUUUAAAAACACGUUUUCUGUGCCACCACUUUUUGCAGAUAGUCAAAGCAGACUAUUUUCGCAAAGAAAUUACAAUUUUGUUAGGGAUAUACCAAAUGAAUAUUUCUUUGAGCCAACUAAAAGCCCGCUAGAAUUAUCCCAGAUACGAACUCAAUUUUCUCUUCCAAGUCAAACUUCAUUGCCAUUUAUUGUCCAACCUUAUGUUCUUGAUCGUAGAUCACAAAGAAUUUCAGUAUUGGAGAACGAAAAUCAGCUCCGAUCAGCUGAAACAUACGAUAAUUUUUUAAGGAAAAGAUUUUUAAAAGACAGAAAUAAAGAAAAAACAGAAAUUACUUUAAAAAUCAUCGAUAAAAAAACAAAAAAACAACAUAUAAGUAGUGCAGAUAAAGUAACUUUGUAUAGACGUUACAGAAUUGGAAACUAUCCAGAUUUAUUAAUAAAUACUUUAGCUUUUUUGUUACCACUUCAAGGAAUAGUCAAAUGGGAUAGAUGUAUUGCCCGUCAAAUAUUUGUUUCAAUUUUCACAUCUUUAGUAAAAGUUUUAGGGCCUGAGUGUAAUCAGUUCGUAACAUCUGUUGGUUAUAAGAUCCAAAAUAUUUUGAAUGGAUCAAGAAAUUGUGAUCCGGUAGUGUUUUCCACAUUUUUAGAAAUGGCUCUUUUGAAGGCUGAGGAAUUUAAUUUCAAACCUGAAACGGUUUCAACUAUAGCAAAAGCAUGCAAUAUGCAAACUAUUGGUGCUAUUUAUCUUGAAAAUAGAAUUAAUAUUGAUUUCGAAGAAAGUGAAAGCGGUCCAUCAACAAAAUCUGGUUCAAUUAUUACCAAUUGUGAAAGACAUUGGCUGGAGUUGUCGGAAAUUUAUAACUCUUUGGCCGAAUAUGAUAUUGUAACUGCAAUUUUUACUCAUAAAGUAGACGCAGAUCCUCGUUUAGGUGAAGCGAUAGAAUUAAAAACAGCAGGUCGUUAUAAAGAAGCGCAGGAACUGCUUUUAAAAAUAAUAGAACGCAGGCAAUUAGUUGAACAAAAUUUUUCUUACAAUAGCUUUUAUGAAUGUUUUGAAGAAUUGGGAGAUUGGUCGAUGUUAUCUAAAGCUAUUCAGCAACAACUUGAUGAUUUUGACGAACUUUGGACUGAUGACUUCAAUACUAAUUAUUAUUUACCAAAAUUAAUUAAAGCGGAGCUUCAGCUUAUAUUAAAGUCAGAAUCACAUAGUACUGAAUUUUUGGAAAUAUUACAAAAUUGGAUGAAAUCUGAUGAAGUCAAAGCCAAUCAUAUUAAACAAGUAUUUUGCGAAGAAUUAAUGAUGCUUCAAAUUGCUAAUGCUAAUUAUAGGCAGGCAAGAGUGCAUUGUGAAGAUUAUUUGAAAAAGUUUUUGCUACAUUGGGGUGUCAUGAGCUCACAUUAUGACAAAUUGAGGCACGAAAAUAUUUUAAAUAGUCAGAAGGUUGCAGAAAUUGAUUACUACGCUUCGCUUUUGUUAGAACAGUUUGACGAAAAAGUUAUUGAUUUACUAAAAAAUAAGUGGGAUGGUUGUAAGAUAGAUAAAUCCGAUUCCUUAAGAUACUGGAACUGUGUGUUAGGAUAUCGCGCUUAUGUAGCUGAUUUGUUUAUUGUGAACUUGGAAAAUUUAAGCAGUGAAAGUAAUCUUGCAGAUGGAUUACAAAGAAGUAUCAAUAAAUUGGUCUUUCAACUGUUCGACGCCGCUAUUUAUCAGAAAAAUUAUGGGAUUGUAAACGAGAUAAUAAAAGGUUUAAAAAAUAAGAAGCAAAAAUAUAUAUUCCUAGAAUGCGAGAUAUCUGAACUGAAAGCCAAACUACUACAAACAGAAAACGCCAGCUUAUCAAAUUCGAUUGACAUUUUGCAUCAAGCUUGGGAACAAACACAUGAUAUUUUAAAAUCUGAUAAUAUAAAAGAAAAUGUUAAAUUGAAAACACAAGCACUACAAGUAAAAUCAGAAAUAUCUGAAGAAUUUUUCAAAAAAUUACCAUUCGUGAAAAAUUUAGAUCACAAAGUUAUGGAAAAAAUUUUGCGUUAUGUAACACAUAGUAUGCAUGAUGAUGUUAAAUAUAAAAUAUUUGAAGAAUCUUUGUGGUCUUUAAAAUAUUCCACUGAAAUUGCUCAAAAUCUUUAUAAUGAAGAAUUCGAUAAGCGUUCUUCUAAUCAAAAGUUUUGUGCAGAUGCAUAUUAUCACUUAGCGGAAUUUUGUUAUCGAUAUUACCAAAUAUCUGAAGAGAAAAUAGCUUUGGAAUUGGAAAAAAAUUUAAUAUCAUCAAUAUUUGCCGCAAUGUAUUAUAACUCCUACGAUUCUCGACAGCUAUUUCCUUUCUUAUUGCAAUUACCAUCUUUAGAAAAUGGACUCUUGGCCGAUUUGUUUACUGAAAAUUCUAAUAAAGUUCCUGAUUGGAUGUUUUUAAAUUGGAUUCCACAAAUUUUGAGUAGACUAAAUUUCACAAAUCCAUCGUAUAUUGAUUUAAUAGUUUACAGAAUUGCAAGAAGUUAUCCCAAUGCUUUGAUAUACCAGUUUUAUACAUGGGUUGAUGAACAAAAAUCAUUAAUAAAAGAUUUUAUUACGAUUAGAAGUGAGCUUGCUGAAAUCAGUUAUUUAUUGAAAAAUCCACUUGUGGACUGCUUUAUUCGGGCUAUAAAAAGUGUCCGAUAUCCGCACCUCCAGCUAACUUUUUGGAUCACAAAGUUGCUUGAAAAGUUGCCCCAAAAUCAAGAAAGUUACUUAAACAACUUUACCGAAUUGAUGGCUGUGUUUAAUUUAGAUGACAGUUUUCAUGGCAGUGUUCAUCGAGAAAUUAUGCCUUAUAAAAAGGAAUUUGAAGAUUUAAAAUGCCGAAAUAUUCUUGAAGAUUCAACACAAAUUUAUAAUGAAAUGAAUGCUUUGAAAGCAAAGAUAUUAAAUUCAACUAAGCGAACUGACAAAUACUUUCGUUUGGAACAUUUUUGUCCAUGGCUUUCAAGUUUUCAGUGGUGUGGUGAGGAAAUAUGUGUGGAAUUGCCAGGACAAUAUGAUGGAGAACAAAGACCUAUUAUAGAACAAAACGCUAAAAUCGUGAAGUUUGGUGAAAGGGUAGAAGUAUUUCAGUCAAUGAGAAAGCCUGUUCGUCUCAAUGUUUUUGGAACUGAUGCGAAGACACACGAUUUCUUGGUAAAAUUUGGCGAAGAUUUGCAACAAGAUCAUCGAAUUCAGCAGACUUUAAAUGUAAUGUCAAAUAAAUUAAAGAAUGAUCUUCAGUGCCAAAAUCACAAUUUGUUUAUAAGAACAUAUAAAGUUAUUCCUUUGGAAAAAAGUGGUGGAAUGAUUAGUUUUAUUUUCAACACAACUACAAUUGACGAUCUUAUUUCUGAAUGUUUAAUGAGAAGAAAUUCUUCUGGGAAGCAAUUAUUACAUAAAUCCAUAAAAGAUUUUGUUACAUUUAUAAAAGAGCCAACGAAAAGAAAUCCACAUACCAAAGAUUUGGAUGUAUAUGGUGCUGCUGUUACUACAUAUACCAGAGAUCAGAUAAUUUCAAAUUUCCGAAAAGUACAGUACAAUAUCAGCAUAGAUGUGAUAAAAUAUUCCCUUGUUGAUAUGGCAGUAUCUCCAGAAAGUUUCUAUAUUCUACGCAAUAAUUUUGCUAAAUCUUUAGCAUCCAUGAGUAUUUCACAUUGGAUUUUAGGGGUUGGUGAUCGCCAUUUACAAAAUAUUUUGAUUAGCACAAAAGAUGGAACUUUAAGUGGUAUUGAUUUUGGCAUAGUACUUGAUGGUGGCAUUCGAAAUUUGGUAAUACCCGAAUUAAUGCCUUUUCGUUUAACACCACAAUUCAUUAAUGUCUUAAGUCCAAUGGGUACUGAGGGAUUACUAUUCAAGUGUAUGUCACAUAUAUUACGAGUUUAUCGAAGUUCAGCACAAUCAUUACUAGCUUGUGUUGAUAUUUUCGCUAGAAAUCCAACACUAGAUUGGAUUGCUUUACAAAGUAUAGUGAAACUGGAUUGGAAACCAUUAGAUGGAAUAAGAACAUUGAGACGUAAACUUUUAGGUGAUAAUCCAAUGCAUAUUUCUAGAGAAAAUUUAGAAGAUAGCGCAAUCGCUAAAUAUCAGCCGGUGUACAAGGAGGGAUACAAAAAACUUUUAGAAGGAAAUUAUCAAUUUAAUAUUAGAUCAAGAUUACCUGAAAAAGAUUUGACAGUUGAAGAUCAAGUAAAAUGUCUUAUUGAUAUGGCUACUGAUCCGGCAAUUUUGGGAUGUUCCUACGUUGGCUGGCAUCCGUGGCUUUGAAUAAAUAAGAAACUAAUUGUAAUGAAAGAAAUUGUAAUGUUCAUUACAAUAAAUUUUUACUUUUCUAUAUUUAAAAAAAUCUGUUUCAAAAGCAUUUAUUAAUAUAGGUUUUUGGAAGAU